GAGCUGGGGGAGCGCGGGCUGAGGCGGCCUCGCUGCUGGCUGAAGGUCGCCGGGAACCGCCGCCCUUCACCUUCUUCCUCGGAAACCUGCCAGACCUCCCCGCCCGGCCCUCGUGGACAGAGGCCCCGUUUCCCCGGCUGGGGCGGCUAGACCCCGGCACAAAGGACAUCACCCCGCCGCCGGGGAGGACAUCCGGAAGGGAGGAGGACACCUUGACGUCUUACCCCUGUGCGACACUUUGUCCCUUUUUUUGCCCAAGGUAUUUAUUGAGUGCCCACUGUGUACCAGGCCCUAUCUCUAUGUGCAUACAAAAACCCUGGAAGGUCGUACUCCAAUAUACAUACAGUGAUCGUCUCUGCUUGCUAAGAUAACAGGGGUGUCAAGCUUAUAUGUUUGCUGCUAUCCACUUGUAAAUACGCUCAAAACAGGAGAGUUUGGACGAAGUUUUUGACGACAGGUACUUGAUAAACAUGAUGCAUUUCAAAAGUGGACUCGAAUUAACCGAGUUGCAAAACAUGACAGUGCCCGAGGAUGACAACAUCAGCAAUGAUUCUAAUGACUUCACUGAAGUAGAAAAUGGUCAAAUAAAUAGCAAGUUUAUUUCCGACCGCGAAAGCAGAAGAAGUCUCACAAACAGCCACUUGGAAAAAAAGAAGUGUGACGAAUACAUUCCAGGAACAACCUCAUUAGGCAUGUCUGUGUUUAACCUAAGCAACGCCAUUAUGGGCAGUGGGAUUCUGGGACUCGCCUUUGCCCUGGCAAACACCGGAAUCCUCCUUUUUCUGGUACUUUUGUCUUCGGUGACACUGCUGUCUAUAUAUUCAAUAAACCUUCUGUUGAUCUGUUCGAAGGAAACAGGUUGCAUGGUUUAUGAGAAGCUGGGAGAGCAGGUCUUCGGCACCACAGGGAAGUUUGUCAUCUUUGGAGCUACCUCUCUACAGAACACAGGAGCAAUGCUGAGCUACCUCUUCAUAGUCAAAAAUGAGCUACCCUCUGCCAUAAAGUUCCUAAUGGGAAAGGAAGAGACAUUUUCAGCCUGGUACGUGGAUGGCCGUGUCCUGGUGGUGAUCGUCACCUUCAGCAUAAUUCUCCCUCUGUGUCUCCUGAAGAACUUAGGGUACCUGGGCUAUACUAGUGGAUUUUCCUUGAGCUGUAUGGUUUUUUUCCUAAUAGUGGUCAUCUACAAGAAAUUUCAGAUUCCCUGCAUUGUCCCAGGGCUAAAUGCAACAAGUGCUAAUUCAACAAAUGCUGACAUGUGUACGCCAAAAUAUGUUACCUUCAAUUCAAAGACUGUGUAUGCUCUACCUACUAUUGCAUUUGCAUUUGUCUGCCAUCCGUCAGUCCUGCCAAUCUACAGCGAGCUUAAAGAUCGAUCCCAGAAAAGGAUGCAGAUGGUUUCGAAUAUCUCCUUUUUUGCCAUGUUUGUGAUGUACUUCUUGACCGCCAUUUUUGGCUACUUGACAUUCUAUGAGAACGUCCGCUCGGAUCUCCUUCACAAGUACCAGAGCAAGGACGACAUCCUCAUCCUGACGGUGCGGGUGGCGGUCAUCGUGGCUGUCAUCCUCACGGUGCCGGUGUUGUUUUUCACGGUUCGUUCGUCUUUAUUCGAACUGGCUAAGAAAACAAAGUUUAAUCUGUGUCGUCACAUCUUCGUGACCAUCGUACUCUUGGUCAUUAUCAACUUGUUGGUGAUCUUCAUCCCCUCCAUGAAGGAUAUCUUCGGGGUUGUAGGAGUUACAUCUGCUAAUAUGCUUAUUUUCAUUCUUCCUUCAUCUCUUUAUUUAAAAAUCACAAACCAGGAUGAGGAUAAAGGAACUCAAAGAAUUUGGGCGGCCCUCUUCCUGGGCCUGGGGGUGUUGUUCUCCCUGGUCAGCAUCCCCCUGGUCAUCUACGACUGGGCCUGCUCGUCGGGGAGCGACGAAGGCCACUGAGACCGGCUGGGAGCCAGCAAUCUUCCCGCCCGCUGCUCAGUCCAGUCACCGACCACACAUCCGCAACCCUCGUCCCUCCCUUUGCAAGUUUACAGAAGCAAACAGAAAUUUACAGGAUACUUCAAAUGGAAUCCCACUUUGGUCGCAAAACAGAAACCUGUUUCUAUACUGGUUCGUGUCCCUCUGAGAUCUAGGAUCAAUCUAAGGAUCAUGGAUUAUUUUUCCCCCCUUCAAAUUUCAUGGAAUCAGAUUUCCUAGUAGUUUCCACAGUCAGUUACUUUUCCACUCUCCUAACUCGGUGUUUUGUGACUUCAUGGUCUCUUAGAACUUUGAAAACAUGAUCACCAAUCAUGUUUAUUUAUGAUAGAUCAGAUUCUGAAGUAAUUUUCCUACUGAUGUUCAGCUCACACUAUCUGUAUCUUUUUAGAAGA